AUGCAACAAACAGGUGUUCAAAAUGUUGGACAACAAUUACAGUCCGCUGUAUUUUCUUCUGGUCUUACAACAAAAUUAAUCUGUCUUUUUUGUAUUAUUGGAUAUUUUCUUUCUUACAGCCAACCAUGUGUUCAUGCACUCGCUGUUAUUCCAGGACGUGUAAUGCCACCAAAUUUUUGGGUUUGGACAUUUAUAACACAUAGUUUUAUUGAAUUACAUAUAUGGCAUACAAUUAUUGAUGUUGUUGUUGUAUUUCUUUAUUCAAAAAUGAUUGAACCAUUAUGGGGUACCAAAGAAUUAUUAAAAUUUUAUUUUAUUGUCACAAUUCCAAAUGCAGUAUUUGCUACAUGUAUUUAUUUUGUUUUUUAUGGUUUAACAUUUAAAGAAGAAUAUUUAUUUGAAAGACCAAUUUAUGGUUUAGCCGCAUUUAUUGGUGCUUAUUCAGUUGUUAUUAAACAAAUUAUGCCUGAUACUGUUAUAGCAACAACACCAUUUUUUAAACUUAAACAAGAUCAAGUACCAUUAUUAAUUGUACUUUUGUCCACAAUACUUUGGUUUGCUCGAACUGUACCAAUUCAUUUUUUAAUUAUGUUAAGUUUUGGAAUAAUUAUUAGUUGGACUUAUUUAAGAUUUUUUCAAAAUCAUCAAAAUGGAACAAAAGGUGAUAUGUCAGCAUCAUUUUCAUUUGCUAGUUUUUUUCCAUCACCUAUUUCACCAGUUAUAAGUGUAUUUGCAAAUACAAUUUUUGAAAUAUUCGUUCAAUUAAAAUUAUGUAAACCAUUUGUGAAGAAAUCUAAUGUUCUCUCAUCAUCCAGUUUAACAAUUACAAUUCCUGGGCCAGAAGCUGCUGAUGCGGAUAGACGAAGACAAAAAGCCUUAAAAGCUUUAAAUGAUCGUAUGAAAACGAAAGAAAGUACAAAUGAAGCUUGGCCUGAACUCGAUGAAACUCAUCAAACAUCAUUACACAAUCAAAAUGAUCACAUACAAAAUUCAUCUGUAACUAUUGAUAUGACUAAUUCAAUUGAUUCGUCAUCAUCAAAUAUGACUAAAGAAGAUUUAAAUCAACCCUAUUUCGAUAGUGAUCAACAGCAGCAACAAUCAACAUCAUGA